AUGAAACAGCUCUUGGGUAUCUCCAGCCUUCUGGUCGGCAUCCUCCUUCUUUCAUCAUGGUGGUCGUCCGGAAUCCUUCCCUGGCAGCGUGCCAACCAUAACCAAGCUGCUUCGCCGACGCAGAGAAGCAUCUACGCCGCCUAUCUGAGCCCCCCAACGGAAUUCGAGGACUUUUGGUUCUCCAGAUACAAGAAUUCAAGUGAUUCCUACUUCGAUGCUGUCCGGAUUCUCGCCUACCAGAUCCUCCAUGCCUCGGCAACACGCACCAGGCGCAACCUGGACUUCGUGGUCUUCGUCCACGAAGGGGUGGACGAGAGCAAGCGCGACUGCCUGCGACGCGACGGUGCACGGGUGGUCGAGCUGCCGGAACUGAGAGCCGACUGGACGCGGUUCAAGGAUGCGCGAUGGGCGCACGUUCUCACGCGCCUACGGCUGUGGCAGAUGGUGCAGUACGACCGCAUCCUGCUUCUCGACGCGGAUUCUGUGUUGACUCGGUCCAUCGACGCGGUCUGGGACCUUCCAGAGAUCCAGCCGAAGGCUCCCUUGUCCACGUCGGUGCAUGUGGGUGAGAGGGUCCUGCCGUUACCGAAGUCCUAUGUGCUAGCUGGUCUUCCACAGCUGCGACUCAAUCAUACAGCGCGCCCAGCACACGUGCCAGAGGAUUUCUAUGAUUGGGAGACUCUGAACGUGGGCUUUCUGAUGCUGCAGCCGUCGCUCGAGAUCUUUGACUAUUUCGCCGCCAUGCUGGCGGUGCCAGAGAGUUUUGAGAGUAGCAUCGCGGACCAGAGUCUCGUGAACGUCGUCUUUGCAGCUGAUGGUCCGAUGCCCUGGACGCAACUGGAUCUGUCGUGGAAUGUGCAGUGGCCGUGGCCGGACGAUAUCUGGGCGGGCUAUGCUGUGUUGCAUGAGAAGUGGUGGGCACCGCUUCAUCUGGAGACGUUGGACUUUUUUCAUUCGUGGUACUGGCGGAUGAUUGGGUUUUAUUCGGGGAGAGAUGGGUGA